AUAGCAGAGAAAAACAAUUUAAAGGAAAUUCAUUGCAAUUCAGUUCAAUCUCAAUUAAACAUAUCGAUGAAUAUUGGAAAAUCUUUGGACUUAAAUUUUGAGACAAAUACAAUUAAAAAUUACAAAAGAAAACCUCCAAUUAAUUUUUUCAAGAAGAAAAUGAGAUGCACCCACGAUAUAAGACCAUUUAAAUGUCAAUUUUGUGGAUAUUGGAGUCGCACAAGUAGUCAAUUGAAAGUUCACAUGAAACGACAUCAAGGUAUAAAAUGCUUUUCUUGUAAUAUUUGCAAUUACAACGGAGUUACUCAAUCAGAUCUUAACCGACAUAAAAAGGCUCAAUCACAUAUUUUAAGAUCCAUAAAUACUUGCAAUUUUUGUAAUAGAGGAUUUAUGACAAAGUACAUAUUAGAUCAUCACUCUUGUGAAUCAGAAGCUAUUGAAAGACAUAUGUCAAAAUCGAAAUUAGAACUAAUGUUUCUCGCCCAUAAUUCAAAUAGUAAUUAAUUCAUUUUCCUAUAUUUUA